AUGCCACUCUUCACUCUCCCCAUAACCGAUAUAUCUCAAACAUCCACCACAACUCCUCAAAUCUACUUCACAUCUCUUUCCAUACGCCCCCAGAAACGCAAAAGACGCGAUAGCGAUAGUGACCAAGAUGAUGAUUUCAAUAACGAUGCAACCGCGAAUACGUAUAGUAAUACAAGAAAAGGGAAAGAAAUAGAGAAUGCAGAACCGUCACAGCCUUCUGCAGAAACUACCAACCCAUUGAGUUUAACUCCUGCAGAGGUGAUGCAAUAUAGAUUAGCAGGCUUGGGACUCGAUAAAGAAUUACCAUCGAAGAUUGGAGUGAAACAUUGGCCUCAUAGAGGUUUACCUCAAACUUACCAUAUCAGUGCGCAUGAUCGCGACGUUGCUGCUAAGUCUCGCGGUAAUGAAGACGAGGAUUCCGAAGAAGAAUCAGCUAAAUCUCGAAGGGAAAGAGAGAGACUCAAGAAAGAGGAAAGGAAGACUGGCAGGUCGAAUUUGAAGAUUCAGCAUUUGAGUGUGCUGGUUGCGAUUAUGAUGAGGAAUCUGGAAGAAGGGGAUAUGGAAAGGGCGGGACGGGCUUGGGGAUUGCUUUUGAGGAUGCAGGUUGCGGGAAAGGGAGUGGAGAUUAGGAAAACGGGAUUUUGGGGGAUUGGGGCUGAGUUGUUGAUGAGAGGGGUGGUUAAUAAACAGAGAAAGGAAUGGUGGGAAGAGGGUGCGGGGGAGGGAAGCGGUGAUGAGGAGAAUGUCAAGAAUGGAGGGGGACCCAAAGAAGGAGAUGUAGAUGGAGAAAGAGAAAGAGAAGGCAAGGAAAGAGAAUAUAGGAGAUACGGUAUGGCCGAAGGACUCAUGAAAGCAAAGGAUUAUUAUGAACGACUUAUUCUUCAGUACCCAUACAAACGACAAUUUCACGGUUCAGUUACCGCGCUAGAUUUCUGGCCUGCAAUGCUUGGAUGCGAGAUUUAUGGAAUACAAUUCGAACACAAAGAUGAAUUACGAAAGAUUGCCAAGCGAGCAGAAAAGGACGAAGAUGGGGAUCUGAGCGAUAGUGAUAUCAGUGAUGAAGACGAAGAUAUGAAUGAUGAGAACGAAGAAAAAGGAGAUCCAGGGGAUAAAGCAUUUUUAGCUCAUCAACGGCGGCAAGUCCGUCUCCAAAGCCGACGAAAGGAAAAGGGAUGGGAAGAAAGAGAUGCAGUCCGACGCACAGCACUAGUAGCCACCGAACUCGUAGCACAGCAAAUGGAUGAAUUAAUGAUCACACCGCCAUACUCGGAUUCGCGAGUACUCCUAAGAUUACGAGGUAUGGUGGCGUUAUAUAUUGGGGAUCUAUGCGUGCCAGAGAAAUGGGAAGGUGAUGAGGAGUGGUUGGGGAAAGUCAGGGGUACAGCCAUGGAGGCAGAUAAGAGAUUUCUGGGACGACAGAGAGAUGCGGAGGUAAGGAGGGGUGCGGAGAAGAGGGAGGAUGAGAGGAGAAGGGCGAGGGGUCUAUUUGGGAAAAUUGGCGUGCAGUGGGAUGAUGGGGAUGAGGCGUUGGAUUUGGAUAUGACGUUGGAGGGUUAUGAGGGGGAUGAUUGA